AUGGAGCAACUGAGUCCCAGUGGACCUGUUCCUCAACCCUCAUGGUCAUUGGAUAUCAUUCCUACGAAAGUAGCUUGCACGCUAUCACAGGGAUCUAAUGUAACUAGCAUGGACUUUCAUCCUUGUCAUACACUAUUACUAGUUGGAUCUGCUAAUGGUGAAUUUACAAUCUGGGAGAUCGGUACGCGUGAGAGGCUGGUCUCAGAGCCCUUCCAAAUUUGGAACAUGCAAGCAUGUUCAGCACAAUUUCAGCGUGUCGUGGCUAAAGAUCCCUCCAUGGCCGUUAGUCAAGUUACAUGGAGCCCUGAUGGAUACAUGAUUGGUGUUGCAUUCACAAAACAUUUGAUCCAUCUGUAUGUAUACGAGCAUCGAAAUAAAACACGUGAAGUGGUAGAGAUUGAGGCUCAUUCUGGAGAAGUUAAUGACAUAGCUUUCUCCCAGCCAAAUAAGCAACUAUGUGUUGUCACUUGCGGAGAUGACAAGCUUAUUAGGGUUUGGGAUAUGCAUGGACAGAAAAUAUAUUCGUUUGAAGGGCAUGAGGCACCUGUAUAUUCUAUUUGCCCUCAUUACAUAGACGAUAUUCAGUUUAUUUUCUCAUUUUCCCUUGACGGGAAAAUGAAGGCAUGGUUUUAUGACAAUGUGGGAUCUAGGGUGGACUUUGAUGUUCCAGGAAAAUGGUGUACUACAAUGCUCUAUAGUGCCGAUGGAACUAGGUUGUUCUCAUGCGGAACAAGCAAACAGGGAGACUCACAUUUGGUCGAGUGGAACCAAAGUGAAGGAUCUGUCAAGAGGUCAUAUUCUGGAUUUCGUAAAAAAACAUCUGGUGUAGUACAGGGUGUCGUGCAGUUUGAUAUAGCUCGGAAUCACAUUUUAGCUGCUGGCGAAGAUAAUCAAAUUAAGUUUUGGGAUGUUGAUAACACCAACAUGCUGGCCUGCAUUGAAGCUGGCGGAGCCUUGCCAAGCUUUCCAAGAUUAAGAUUCAAUAAAGAAGGCAAUCUUCUUGCUGUUACUACAGUAGACAGUGGCUUUAAGAUAAUUGCAAAUAAUGAUGGGCUCAAAUCUUUACUGUCUUUUGGUAACCUGCCUUCCGAAGUGUUCAGAUCGCCAUAUGAAGCUUCUACGGUGAAGGUCUCAGGUGCUCCAGUUGUCUCGGGCAUCUCUCCUAACAUUGGCCGAACUGAUCACUUAGACAGAAACUAUCCUGCAAAGCCAUCUCCUGUACUGAAUGGCGGUGAUCCAGCAUCUGGAAGCAUAGAUAAAAAGCGAAGAAUUUCAGAAGAAAAGUCUGAUAAAGGGAAACCUUGGGAUCUGAAGGAAGUUCUAAAUCCCCAGAAAUUUCGUCUUGAUACAAUGCUAGAAACUGACCAAGCCAGCAAGGUAUCAAAGGUGCUCGACGACGAUGACCUCCUCAGGGAGAUCAUUAUCCGCGUCGGCUUCCCCACCACCCUUGUCCGUGCUGCCCUUGUCUGCAAGCGCUGGUACCAUCAUGCCUCUGAACCCGCCUUCCUCUGCCGUUUCUGCAAGCGCCACCCGCCCUGCCUCCUCGGCUUCUACGUCGAGGACAGGGAAGAUCAUAAAAUGGCUUCUAUUCGCUUCUUCAGUUUGCUAAAUAAGCCCCAAGAGCUUGCUACCGUCGUCCGCUCUCUGCUGGGCUACAGUUGGGACGCCUACCGCGGCGCGCCGGCCAACUUUCUCUGCUCCCGGAAUGGCAGAGUCUUCAUCAGCUUGUACGACCAGGUCAACCGUAGCAAAUUUACAGUUGGGGCGCACAGUCCAUUAUGUUCUGAGAGAGGCCUGACUGUUGUCCCACCAUUCCCACACAUUGAAAUCCAGGAUGGCUAUUCCGGCACGAUGAAUGAUCUCUUCUCGGUAGAAGAAGUCAAUGACUUGUCCUUGUUGCAUGUGUCGGUGGUGUCUAACAUGCAGAGAACAAAAUCUACGGUGCACGUACAUAUGUGGCGACAUGGUGAUGGUGUGUGGCGCACGUAUCUUACCUUGGACACAGACCAGCUCCUUGAUCUGCGACGGGAACCAAAAGCUGUGCUCGCCAACAAUAAAAUCUACAUAGCAAGCGCCCAGAGCGACAUUGUUGUCUUUGAUUUGACUGCCUCGAGCAUAUCUAUGUUUCAGCUCCCACAAGGGGUGGAGUAUGGAGAUAGAGAUACCAUGUUGGCACGGGCUCAGGAUGCUUCUGGUGUGUAUCUCAUCCAUGCAAAGAAGCUUCAGCUUCACAUUUGGCUCCACAAGGGGGACAACUGGUUGCUGGUGGACACCAUUUGUUUGCGUGAGAUGGUUGCUAAUAUGUGGAUUCCAGGUUACAGGGUUGAGGAUGAGUCCUACGCUCCUCUCCGGAUAAAGCAUGUGGGGGACUAUGCUGAGUUUAUGUUCUUGGAGAUGGGUCGAUGCGCACUUCAAUUAGAUGUCAAGUGCAUGCAGUUGCGUAAAGUGUAUAUCAUGGCAGAAGAAGAAGUGCAAUUGGGUGAUAUCCAUCCUCUUAAGAUGAUUUGGCCGCCCAUGUUCCCUGCGCUCAAGGAUAAUCCUGCAAGGUAUGAUUCAUCUUAUGCAUGA